AUGGCAGCCCGGGGCGGGACCGGGCGCGGCCCCCAUUGGCCGGCGCGUGGCAGGCGAUUGGCGCGCGCGGCCGGCGGGGGCGUGUCGGUCCGCCCCGGGGAGCGGCCGGUGGGGGCGGGCCGCGGUGCGGGCGGGCGCGGAGCGGCGCGGCGCGGCGCCGGCUUGUUCCUCCGCGCGCGCGACGGCCGGCGGACGUGUGCGCGAGACCAGAUCACGGUGGCAGCCAGCGUUAGCGUCGGCGUCACGACGGCGGCGUCUCCGUGGCCCGGGCUGGGGCUAGCCGCGCCCGCGCCCGUCGAGCUCGACCCCGUCUGGGGGCGCAAGCUGUACGGCCCGCCCGGCGCUGGCGCGGGAGGCGGCGUGGGCGGCCGCGGGCCGGCGGCGGGGCCGGGCCCGCCCGCGCCGGGGCUCGUCUUCGGGCUGCAUCACCACCACCAGGACGUGGCCGCCGGCCUGCACCACCAUCACCACCACCACCACCGCGGGCAGGCCACGCUCAAGGAGGAGCCGCUGCCCGCCGCGCGCUCCUGGGCGCUGCAGCCGCCCGUCGACCAGAGCAGCGUGGGCAUCGGCCGCGCGCACUUCGAGAAGCAGCCGCCCAGCAACCUGCGCAAGUCCAACUUCUUCCACUUCGUGAUCGCGCUGUACGAUCGCGCGGGCCAGCCCGUCGAGAUCGAGCGCACCGCCUUCAUCGGGUUCAUCGAGAAGGACCAGGAGACGGAAGGCCAGAAGACAAACAACGGUAUCCAGUACAGGCUGCAGCUGCUGUACGCCAAUGGCGUGCGGCAGGAGCAGGACAUCUACGUGCGGCUCAUCGACUCCGUGACCAAACAGGCCAUUAUGUACGAGGGACAGGACAAGAACCCCGAGAUGUGCCGGGUGCUGCUUACGCACGAAGUCAUGUGCAGCCGGUGCUGCGAUAAGAAGAGCUGCGGCAAUCGCAACGAAACGCCCUCUGACCCCGUCAUCAUCGACAGGUUCUUCCUGAAGUUUUUCCUCAAGUGCAAUCAGAACUGCCUGAAGAACGCCGGGAAUCCACGGGAUAUGCGGAGGUUCCAGGUGGUGAUCUCGACGCAGGUGGGCGUGGACGGCCCGCUGCUCGCCAUCUCGGACAACAUGUUCGUGCACAACAACUCCAAGCACGGCCGGCGCGCCAAGCGGCUCGACCCCGCCGAAGGCUUGUACCCUCCCCUUCCCGUAGCCACCCCCUGCAUCAAGGCCAUCAGUCCGAGCGAAGGCUGGACGUCCGGGGGCUCCACCGUCAUAAUCAUCGGCGACAACUUCUUCGACGGUCUGCAGGUCGUCUUCGGGACCAUGCUCGUAUGGAGCGAGCUGAUAACGUCGCACGCGAUCCGCGUGCAGACGCCCCCGCGACACAUACCGGGCGUCGUCGAGGUGACGCUGUCCUACAAGUCCAAGCAGUUCUGCAAGGGCGCGCCGGGACGCUUCGUCUACGUCUCGCUAAACGAGCCAACCAUCGACUAUGGCUUCCAACGCCUUCAGAAACUCAUCCCCAGGCACCCAGGAGACCCGGAGAAGCUGCCAAAGGAGAUAAUCCUGAAGCGCGCGGCCGACCUGGCGGAGGCGCUGUACAGCAUGCCGCGCAACAACCAGCUGGGGCUGUCUGCGCCGCGGUCGCCGCCCGCCGCCGCCAACGGCAUGCCCUCCGGCUUCAACACCUACACCGGCCAGCUCGCCGUCAGCGUCCAGGACGCGCCCUCCGCCGCCCAGUGGACGGAAGAGGAGUACGGCCGCGCGCAGAGUAGCAGCGUGUCGCCCCGGGGAGGCGGCUACGGCUCCAGCGCCUCCACGCCGCACUCCUCCAACGGCGGGGGCGGCGGAGGCGGCGGCGGAGGCGGCUCGUACGGAAACUCGUCCGGGGGCGGCGCGGGGGCGGCGGGCAGCGCGGGCGGCGCGGGCAGUGGGGCGGCCGGAGGCGGCGCGGCCGCCAUCAACGGCGCCGCCUACGCCGCCUCCGCAGGCGGAGCCGCCCUCUCGUCCAUGGGGUCGCCCUCAUCCGCCAGCCUCUUCAACUCCUCGCCCAUCUUGCCCGCGCCGGCGCCCGCCGGCUGUCAGUAUGAGCAGAAAAGCGCGUUCGCGCCGGUCGUGCGCCCCAGUCCCAGCCCCACCCCCACCUGGCCGCCCCCGCACCUCGCCGUCCAGUGCUAGCCCCGCCGCGAGCCGCUCGCGGAGUGGGAGGCCUGGCAUCUCCGUUCGCCACGAUGAACCCGUUCGGGCUGUCCACGUGCAACUCGCAGUCGUACAGCCCGCUGCUCAGCUCGACGGGCAAAUAGCACCCGCACCCGCACCAGCACCAGCGCGCCGACCACUACGAGGGAGCCGCGGCCGCCUUCUAGCGGCUGCGCACGGUGCCCCGAGGGAUACACCCGGGAGUGUGCCCGUGACUGCGCGCGUGUGCCCGUGUCCGCCGUCUCUCGUGUUCGAGUGCGACUCUGUCAAAGCCACGAACGACUCUUCAGCAACGAACGUACUUCAUUGUUCCAAGCCAUAUAGACCUUUUUUAUUUGUUCUGACCAAAGGAGUUCUAGUUCAUAGAAACAUUGACUGUUAAUAAAAAAAAUGUGAUACGUUAUUUUACGGAAAAAAUCAUGAAAAUAUGCAUAUCCUAUUUCCAGUGAUUGUAGUUCGCGGUAAAUUCACGAGAUCAGUUGGGUAAGAAGAGAGUAGAGAGUAUUUUUCAACUGUUUUUUCUGCACAACAUUUGACGUAUUCGGAGAGAUCUUACCAAAAUUCCUGUACUGUUGUAUUUCAGUGACCAACGAGAAUCUGUUGAUUGAAGUAGGAAUGAAGAUAGAAACUUUACUUCAAAUUUCCUGUUGAACGAAAGACUUGUUUUAAUAGUGUCUACAGAAAAUGAUCAAAAUUGUAUAUUUUAUGUAUAUUUCGGUUUUUCGGCAAGGCCUAUGCUAACACAUAAAAUAAAUACAUAUCGCUUCCUGCUGGGAAUAUUACAUUGUUGAUAUAUUCAAAGGGACAAGAGAAAAUAUUAAGCUCGAGAAAUCUAAAGUACCAGAUAUAUGACCUUCCUCACAUAAUCUUACUAGUUUUGUACAAUUUGUGAAUAUUUCAAUUCUUGUAUGAAGGUUAAGAAAGAUAUGUAUACAAUUUAGUGACGGGCAUAUCCUUUUGCCAGUGCACUUAAUUAGCUGAGUGUGCCGCUCUCAGUAAUACUUCUUGUACAUAGUAUAAGUAUAGAUUGUAAGUAAUGAAGGAACCUACAGUGACCAUACGUGUCUUUUUCGGGUAAAAAAUAAAAACAGUUUCAAACGCAGUUCUUCCACUUCGGGAAAACUGCAAGCUACAAACAUGUAUACGAUCUCAUUCUUUGUAAUAUAAACUUUUACAGCAUUCUGAAACAUCAGUAACAAAGUAGUACGUUUAUAAAUUUUAAUCAGUGCAAAAAAUCUUUCGGAUGAAUCACUUCAAACUGUUUACCAGUGAACAAGAAACCAAUGAUUUUGUAUACAACCCUUACUGGAUGCCACUCCUUGGCAGUCAAGUGUGUGCAUUAUUUUAUCUGAUGCUGUAAAUGUCUGUCUUAAGUACCACUAAUAUGAUUCGUUUGUUUAUGUGGCCUGUUCAGUAGGAAACAUUCCGUGGAGGAAUCAUUGAGUUAAAAUCGUCUUCAAAAUACUGUUUUAAAGCUGUUACCGGUUCAUGUUCUAUAAUCAACAGAAGUUUAGAACACAAAUAUGAAACAGCACUAAGACAUAGACAGGUCAACAGUAAUUUUAGUUUCUGUCUGUAAUUGCUGCUACAGAUCUUAGGUCUGUGUUCAAUACCAAAUAAGCGUAGCUGUCUUAAUUUUAUUGGCGUAUUAAAAGAUGGAUUUAAUUCAGUGUCGGAAGCAACUUAAGAAGAGUGGCAGAGCCUUCUCGUCAUUGAAAUAUGUCUGCUAUCUGUAUUCACCACCGAAUCAAGAUUUUUCUGUCAUUUGUUAUUUUAAUGUUCAAAAGGUUUGCCUUCUUUAAUUUCCUCCGCACCGACUAUACCUCAAACAGAGCGUCAAAAUGUCGACAGAUGUGUGACAGCAACUUUGUUUCAAUCACUGUACAAUCUUAACUGUCUGUUGAACUAAUUAUUUAUGUGUUCCU